AUGGCAAAACGACGAGCUGAAAAUAAUAUUAAAAAGACAAAAAGAAAAAUUAAAAAAAUGUCAAUUGAUAAAUUAGAAAAUCAAAUAAUUGUUGAUGAAUCAAUUGGCAGUAUGACACUUAAUCAAGAUUGUCUUUCAAAAAUAUUUAGAUAUUUAUCAAUUGAAAAUAAAUUAAAUGUAGAAAAAGUUUGUUUAGCUUGGAAAAAAGCUGCCAAAUGGUCUUGGAGUAAUAUUAAAAUUUUUACACUUGAUAAAAAUAAAUUUUCAAUAAAUAAUGAACAACUUAUUGAAUCAUUGUAUUUAAAAAAAAUUUUAACACGUUGUAAAAUUUAUUUACAACAUUUAAAAAUUAGAGAUAUUUUAGAUGAAAAUUUAAUAAAUUAUUUUACAAUAUGGAAUGCUUAA